AUGGAAAAAGAGUGCAAGGGCGACGAGGAAAGCGCGACAUCUUGCACUUGUGUCGCAAGUGCCGCAAACAGCACUUGUGGUGCAAGAAAUCGCAAAUUGGGGGCGGAGCGACACAAAGGUGCGGGUGCAACAAAGGUUUUGGACACGCGAUUCAGCGACAAAGUGUUGAAACGCGAUGCGACAAAGGUUUUUGAAAGUGCUGCGACAGGAAUUCAGAUAGCGAUGCGACAGAAUUCUGAAACGCGAUGA